UCUUUUUUUUUUAAGGAAAUUUUUAAAUUCUCCAUAACAACUAAAAGGGUAGAUUCAACAGUCAUUGCCAAUAGAUUGGGUGAAAUUAUAUAUUUAUCAUCCGAUUUUGGGGGGUUUGGUGGCUGAGCAUAAACAGUGAAACUUAAAAAAGAAUCCAAUCAGAAAGCUCCACGUGGUCAUACGGAAUUAUACAACCACACAUAGUACACGCCACCACGCCCUCACCCUUUUUAUCUUUCGCUUCCCCCGAGUACUACUACGACUUCCCUUUAUCCUCACCGUCCAUUUCAACGGUCAGAUCUCCCCAGCUUCUCGAUCUUCAAACCUACUCCCGCCAGACCAACCUAACAUCUACUUCACCUGUUAAUAUUUAGUUCCACGCGUCAAACAACGAACGAACUGAGUCUAAUUUUCAACUCAUCCGCGGAGCACGAUACCGUCAUCGCUGUCCCUAUCCCCACUCCUCUUUCGUAUCUCCUUCGUUUCUCUUUAUCCGCGUUCUCCUCCUCCAACCACUCAUUCUUCUCUUCCAUACCCUAACCCUAACCCUAACCCUAAUUCUCAUCCAUGUACGAAGACGACGAGAAGUAGAAGACGGAAAGCGUACCUGGUUUGAAGUUCAAGACUGUGAGAAUGGAGAGAAUGGGGGAAGACGGCGAGGACAAGCUCAUUGCCAUGGCGCGCCACAUCGCGAGAACCUUAGGACGUACUGACACCAUGGCCGAUGACAUCCUCCAAAUCUUCUCCAACUUUGAUGGUCGCUUCUCCCGCGAGAAGCUCUCGGAUGAGCACCCGGCGUUGUCAUCACUCGAGCGCCGGCUUCGCGCGUAUGUUUCUUCCGAUCGUCCCAUCUGGUCUGACUCCGGUGCUGCAUCUGAGUUCCUUUCCGCCCUUGAUGAUCUGAUCGCUGCUGGGGGUCUUCAUCCCCGCGCUGAUGAUCUUCUUCAGCAGUGCAUGCUUCGGCUGGAGGAGGAGUUCCGGAUGCUCAUCGAGCAGCCCGCCGGCACAAUUGACUCCGGUGAUGAGGAGGAUGAUUCAGACGGGGAGGAUCCCAUCCCCGUGGCUUACCCCGUCGCCGACUACGAUAUUAUUAUCGACGCCAUCCCGCCGGGCACCGUAGCCGAUCUCCACUCGAUCGCCACCCGGAUGGUCGCCGCCGGGUUCGCGAAAGAGUGCGCGCACACUUACGCGCUCUCCCGCCGUGAUUUCCUCGACGAGAGUGUUUCUCGGCUCGGGAUCCGCGCGCGGACCUCGGAGGAGCUGCAAGCGACCCCGUGGGUCGAACUUGAAGACGAGAUCGCGCGCUGGGUCAGAGCCAUGAGCGUUGCGGUGCGGAUUCUCUUCCCAAGCGAGCGGCGCCUCUGCGACAAGGUCUUCGCCGGACUCUCUCAGGCCGCAGACCUUGCCUUCGCUGAAGCAUGCCGCGGUACAGCGAUCCAGCUUCUCGGCUUCGCCGAUGCCGUCGCCGUAGUGAGCCGUGCGCCGGAACGGCUCUUCAAGGUCCUCGACAUGUACGAAGCUGUCCGCGACCUCAUUCCUGAGAUCGAGUCCCUCUUCUCAGAUCAGUACUCAUCCUUUCUCCGAUCAGAGGCCUUCGCGAUCUGGAAGGGGCUCGGGGCGGCAAUACGCGGGAUAUUCAUGGAGCUCGAGAACCUAAUCCGGCGAGAUCCGGCAAAGGCGUCAGUCCCCGGCGGUGGGCUGCACCCGAUCACCAGGUACGUUAUGAACUACCUCCGCGCAGCCUGCGCUUCGCGUCGCACCUUAGAGCAAGUCAUGGACGAUGACGGCGGCAGUGGCCUGGCCGCCACCGAUCUCGAUCGUCCAUCAUCCUCACUCGCAGUCCAGAUCGCAUGGAUCAUGGAAGUACUCCAAUCAAACUUAGAGGCAAAAUCCAAGGUGUACAAAGAUCCAUCCUUGAGCCUUGUGUUCUUGAUGAACAACGGGAGGUACAUAAGCCAAAAGGCAAGGGACGGGGAGCUAGGGGCAUUGUUAGGGGAGGAAUGGGCGCGGAGGGAGGCAGCGAGGCUCCGGCGGUGGAUGACGGAGUACCAGCGCAUGGCGUGGGGGAAGGUGGUGGCGGUGCUGAAAACGGACGGCCCCGGUGGCGGAGGAUCUGGGAAGGCGAUGAGGGAGAGAUUGAGAUUAUUCAAUGGGUACUUAGAGGACGUGUGGAGUGAGCAGCGAGGGUGGGUAGUCCCCGACGAGCGGUUGCGGCAGGAGCUGAGAGAGGCGUCUGUGGGGAUGGUGGUGCCGGCGUACGAGGGGUUCUUGGGGAGGUUGAGGGUGGUGGAGGGUGGGAGAGGGGUGGAGAAGCAGUUGUUGAUGUUUAGUGUGGAGGAUGUGGAGACCAGGAUUGGAGACUUGUUUCAAGGGAGUAGUAGUAUUCGGAGGCCUUAGUUUGAUUGCAUGCUGUUUGUUAUCAUCUAGUGGAGUUGGUGUAUAUUGUUGUUGUUUAGUGAGUGGAAAUAUUAGAUGAGUAGUUUAUUUGUAAGUAUUUUUUUUUUCAUCUUAUUAGAUUUGUUGUUAUCAAGAUGUGAAUCUUAAGUGAUGUCUUUUAUAAGAAAACAAUGGGUUAUAGAAUAGCUCCAAACAUAAGACUGGUUUUGGUGAUGAAGGUGUUAGAGAACAAAUUGUGGAAUGAUGGACAUGUUACAGGAUGUGUUUAACUUUUUUAUGUUGUUAAAACUUGGUAGUCAUAGAUAUGUUAUUGUUGAUUUGUAUGAGCAA